GGGUAAUCAGUCUCCAAAUAAAACAACUGACUGCAGGUCGAUACAGACACUCUGGCUGGAGUUUGUGUCACUUAAAGGCAAAAGCAAAGCAGCUACAGUGUCUGGUCAUGUAUGUCAAGUCUAUUCUGUGGAUCCUGCUCUUCGUUUUCAUCCAGGAGGUGUCCCUGCAGGAGUCCGACUACGACUAUGAAGAUGAAACGUACGAGGAUCCACAGCCUCUGAACUGCUCAGUCACAGAGAGCAUCAAUGGUGGACAUGUCACUUAUUCACAGGGAGGCCUGGAGGGCAGCGUGCUGACCUAUCACUGUGGCCCGGGGCGAUACCCAUUUCCAGUCAGCUCCAGGGUCUGUGAUGCUGAUGGGGAGUGGUCAACCAUGAGAUUAGCCAACGGCAGACCUGUGUCAACGGCCAAGUGCAAAAAUGUGUUGUGUCCGGCUCAGCUCCAACUGGAUCAUGGCGACUUCUGGCCCAGAGACCAGUGGUUCCAUGUUGGGACGACGCAGAGCUUCUCCUGCCACGAAGGAUUCACCCUGUCUGGGUCAGCAGAGAGGAACUGCACUGUCUCUGGAGAGUGGACAGGAGAGACUCCAGUCUGUGACAGCCAUGCAGCUGACGACUGUGACGACCCAGGAGUCCCACCCGGAGCCCAGAGGUCAGCUGGCCGGUUUCAUACAGGAGAGAAGGUGACUUACCGAUGUCAGGCUGGUCUGGAUCUGCUCGGGUCGGAUGAGAGGGUUUGCCUGGAGAACAGAGAGUGGAGUGGCUCAGCACCACGGUGCCAAGGCCCAAACACUUUUGACUCCCCCAGUAGAGUAGCUGCAGCCAUGGGAGGAUCACUUGCAGGGUUGAUGGAUGUAAUCUCUCCAGACUCCAAGAAGAAAAAUGUUGGCAGGGCCUUUGGCCGAACCUUCCGUGUGGCUGAAGGCAGUCGCAUGAACAUCUACAUUUUGCUGGACACAUCAGGAAGCAUCAGAAAGGAGGACUUUAAUAAAUCCAGGGAUGCCACCAUUGCUCUGAUCAGAAAGCUGGACAGCUAUGAAGUACAGAUGAACUUCCAUGUGUUGUCAUUUGCCAGCGAGGCCAGAGACAUUGUGAACAUCAGUGACACAGAAAUAAGUAGCAGUGCUGAAGACGUCAUAUGGUAUCUGACGGAGUUCGACUACAAUAGCCACGGUCGUAAGACAGGCACCAACCUCUACUCAGCACUGCAUCGUGUCAGCGGGGAGAUCAACUUCUUAAAGACAAACCGCGCUGCUAACUAUUUUAAUGAGACCCAGAACAUCAUCAUCAUCGAAACAGAUGGUCACUCCAACACAGGGGGCAAGCCUCAGAUUGGUCUGGCUCGGAUCCGCCACCUGCUGGGCUACAAUGCCACCGCCCAAGAUCACACACAUGAGACAAUGCUCGAUGUCUAUGUAUUUGGCAUUGGGGAGAAAGUGAACAAAAAAGAAUUGAACUCUAUGGCCUCAAAGAAGCGUGGUGAGAGGCACCUGUUCAUUCUGAAAGACUACGAAACACUGGGAGAUAUGUUCAACAAGAUAAUUAGUGAUCAGAGUGUGACGAUGUGUGGAGUUGCUCAGGAAGACGUCUCUAGGGGGCCGACCGCCUACACCAGGCCCUGGCACGUGGCUCUCAAAUCUCCUGAAUGGAAGCCUGACAAGUCCUGUUAUGGAUCCAUUGUAAGCUCAAACUGGGUGCUGACAGCUGCUCACUGCUUUGCCAGAGAGAGCACAGGUAGAGUCCCAACACAACUGGAUAUCGACUACGGUGGUGGCACAGUGCAGUUUAAGAAAAUCAUCAUGCACCCCAAGUACAACACCAACGCACUCAAACACAGAAACGUAUCUGAGUUCUACGACUAUGAUGUAGCUCUGAUACAGGUGGCCAGCAGCAUCCCACUCUCCUGGAAAGCCCGACCAAUCUGUUUACCGUGUACCGUACCAGCCUCCCGAGCCAUGAGGAAAAUCAACUCCACCUGUGAGGAGCACAGGAAGGAACUACUUGCACACAAGGCGACUCCUGCCAAUUUCAUCCAUAAGAAAUCCAGAAGUCAGUCAGAACGCAAAGACACCCACAUUCAUACAGAUGAUCAGAGGCCCGGCUGUGUGGAGAAUGCCAGGCGAAUACUAAAACAGCCCACAGACGUGACUUUGGACGAGUACGUACCGGACAGAUUCCUCUGCACUGGGGGCACCGUAGGAUACAAGGAUGCUAUCGCCUGCAAAGGUGACUCUGGUGGAUCCCUGUUUCUGCAGAAAAGGAAACGCUUCUUUCAGGUGGGGGUAGUGAGCUGGGGCAUCAUAGAUGUGUGUGCAGUAAGAGGAUACAGCAGCAACAGGCUGCCUCCUGAGGCUCGUGACUUUCACAUCGACCUCUUCAAGAUAAUGCCGUGGCUCAAACAGCAUCUGGGCGCUGAGAUCCAGUUCCUGCCAGACAUCAAUUGAGUGGAUCCACAAUCGGUCUGCAGGAAUAAUACGGAUUUUAAUAGAACAAAGAAGUCAUCAUGGGUGUAUUUCUAAAGCUUUAUUGUCAAGUUGAGUGGCAAUAUUUAUAGCAGUGGUGCAGCAACAGUCAACAAAUCAUACGCAACAUACAGUAUAAAAAAUAUCCAACUUGCUUUUUAUACUUAUUUUUUAACUGCAUGCUGAACAAAACUACAUCUGUACAUUCAUGUGCAUGAUAUCCUGCAAAACUGUUUGAAUAAAGGACCUGAUCCUG